UCGGACCCCGGGCGGCGGCGCGGACCCCGGGCAGCAGCGGCGGCAGAACGUGUCUCCGUCGUUCCAAGGAUGUGCGACCGCAAUGGCGGACGGCGGCUCCGGCAGUGGCUCAUCGAGCAGAUCGACAGCACCAUGUACCCAGGACUGAUCUGGGAAAACGACGAGAAGAGCAUGUUCCGGAUCCCCUGGAAACAUGCCGGCAAGCAGGACUAUAACCAGGAAGUGGACGCGUCCAUUUUCAAGGCCUGGGCAGUUUUUAAAGGGAAGUUUAAAGAAGGGGACAAAGCUGAACCAGCCACUUGGAAGACGAGGUUACGCUGUGCUUUGAACAAGAGCCCAGAUUUUGAGGAAGUGACAGACCGGUCCCAGCUGGACAUUUCCGAGCCAUACAAAGUUUACCGCAUCGUCCCCGAGGAGGAGCAAAAAUGCAAACUCGGCGUGGUGACUCCCGCCUGUGUGAACGAGGUCACAGAGAUGGAGUGUGGGCGCUCCGAAAUCGACGAGCUGAUGAUCAAGGAGCCUUCCGUGGACGACUACGUGGGCAUGAUCAAGAGGAGCCCUUCCCCGCCAGAGGCCUGUCGCAGUCAGCUCCUUCCGGACUGGUGGGCGCAGCAGCCUGGCACAGGUUUGCCGCUGGUGCCAGGGUACGCCACCUACGACGUGCACCAGUCAGCCUUCUCCCAGAUGGUGAUCAGCUUCUACUACGGGGGCAAGCUGGUGGGCCAGACCACCACCAGCUGCCCCGAGGGCUGCCGCCUGUCUCUGAGCCAGCCCAGCUUGCCCAGUGCCAAGCUGUAUGGGCCCGAGGGCCUGGAGCUGGUACGCUUCCCGCCGGCUGACGCCAUCCCCAGCGAGCGGCAGCGGCAGGUGACGCGGAAGCUGUUCGGGCACCUGGAGCGCGGAGUGCUGCUGCACAGCAGCCGGCAGGGCGUGUUCGUCAAGCGGCUGUGCCAGGGCCGCGUGUUCUGCAGCGGCAACGCCGUGGUGUGCAAGGGCAGGCCCAACAAGCUGGAGCGCGACGAGGUGGUCCAGGUCUUCGACACCAGCCAGUUCUUCCGAGAACUGCAGCGGUUCUACGACAGCCAGGGCCGGCUUCCCGACAGCAGGGUGGUGCUGUGCUUUGGGGAGGAGUUUCCGGAUAUGGCCCCCUUGCGCUCCAAACUCAUUCUCGUGCAGAUCGAGCAACUCUAUGUCCGGCAGCUCGCAGAGGAAGCUGGGAAGAGCUGCGGGGCUGGCCCCGUGAUGCAGGCUCCCGAGGAGCCCCCGCCAGACCAGGUCUUCCGGAUGUUUCCGGAUAUUUGUGCCUCCCACCAGAGACCCUUUUUCAGAGAAAACCAGCAGAUCACCGUCUAAGUGUCUCUCCUGGGCUCCCUACUCUCCAGCGUCUUGCAUUCCACCGUGACAAUUACUGCCAUAAUUCCUGCAGGACGUGGCUCCCUCUGACGGGGUGGGACACGUGCAUGGCUCUCGGGUUAGCAAGGGCCUUCGCAGAGGAGCCGACGUCGAAAGCAAAGUCGGGCCAGCACCGUUCCGCUGUUCUGGUACGAACGUCGGAAGCUUACACCAAAUGUCUGGAGGCCGUAACUAUAACCUGUGAUUAAAAAUUUUGUUUUCUACAUUUUCCCCUCUAAUUAUCAUUAGUUGCUUUGAUUCCUUCUGCAUUUUGGGUAAAUGGACGUUUCCAAAGACUUGUUCAAUAAUAUCAGCAGACAGCUGCUUCAAGUAAAGGGAUUUGGAGUUUAAAGCCAACCUGUGAAAACAAGACUGUUUUUGUCUUUCUCUUUUUUAGAGUUGUACAUUUUUGAUUUCAUAUGCUUAAUUCUAUGUGAAAUAUCUUUUUACUUUCAAGCGUUUUAAUAAGAUUUAAAAAUAUUUAGAUACAAGCCUCCCUUUAAUGAGUGAACGUAAGACUUUUGUUAGAAGAAAGUAUAUUCUUCCUAGAAUUUGGCGCCAGGAAAGCAUGUUCAUACCCAGGUGAACUGGUAUGUUUUUACCUUCAGACAAUGAAAACUUUCCCUCUAGGGCUUUGUUGCCGGGAAGCUUUGAGCUAAAUUUAUUUUUUCAUUUCUGUAAUU